AUGGCCCCCCAACUCACCCGCACUCAGAUCCUAGAGAAGCUGCGCGGCCAAAUCGCCCAAGGCAAGACCAUUGUCGGCGCCGGCGCCGGCAUCGGUCUCUCUGCCAAAUUUGUCGAAGCCGGCGGCGGUGACCUCAUCAUCAUCUACAACUCCGGUCGCUUCCGCAUGGCCGGCCGGGGCUCACUCGCCGGACUGAUGCCUUAUGGCAACGCCAAUGACAUUGUUGUUGACAUGGCCAAAGAAGUCCUCCCCGUAGUCAAACACACGCCCGUCCUCGCCGGCGUCUGCGGCACUGACCCCUACGUCUCCAUGCCGCGCUUCCUCGCCAAGCUGCGCGAUCUCGGCUUCGCGGGGGUCCAAAACUUCCCCACCGUCGGGCUCAUUGACGGAGAAUUCCGCGCCGCCCUCGAAGAGACAGGCAUGGGCUACGAUCUGGAGGUUGAAAUGAUUGAGCUCGCGCGGUCCAUGGACCUACUCACCACGCCCUAUGUCUUCAACGUGGAAGAAGCCAAAAAGAUGGCGAGCGCGGGUGCGGAUAUCCUGGUGGCGCAUAUGGGAUUGACGACCGGCGGGUCGAUUGGCAAAGGGGAGAAGAGUCACGGGACCAAGAGUCUGGAUGAUUGUGUGAAGCUGAUUCAGGAGAUCAGGAAUGCGGCAAAGGAAAUCAAUCCUGAGGUGAUUGUGUUGUGCCAUGGUGGGCCGAUUGCGAAGCCGGAGGAUGCGGAGUAUGUGUUGAACAGGACGGAGGGGGUGCAUGGGUUCUAUGGAGCGAGUUCUAUGGAGAGGCUGCCGGUUGAGGAGGCAAUUACGAACAUUACAAGGAGUUUUAAGGCGUUGAAGACGGGGAAGUAG